UGCAUAUAUCCGAAAGAGAAAUUCAAAUUCCAAUAUUACCCUCCAUUGCUCACAAUCUUGGUAUGCUUAACUCUAUAUAAACCCUUGCCUUUCUCCCGCCUCUCAUUCCUCUCACCAAAUCCCUAAUCUCCAAAUCCAGCUCAAACCCUAAGCGAUUCAAGGAAAGAGAUCGAAAUCUAUAUAGAUCGAGGUAUAGAAAGGCAUACCUGGGAGCGGAGAUGGAGGGGGUUUGGGAUUCCGGCCGGCGGGCCAGCCGGAACCUCAGCCGGAGCAUCAGCAGGAACGUGAACAUGGGGGCGUGGGGGGUGGACGAGGUGUUUACGAGGAGUGGGAGGUCGGCGUCGAGGAGUGGAAGCCGGAGGUACGAUGAUGAUGAGGAGGCCCUGCGAUGGGCGGCGCUGGAGAAGCUUCCGACGUACGAUCGGCUGAGGACUGGGAUCUUGAAGCAGAUCAUCGAGGCGGGAGAUGGCCCCGCCGGCGCCGGCGCCGGCGGGAAGAGGUAUGAGCACAAGGAGGUCGAUGUUCGGAGGAUGGCUGUGAAUGAGAAGCAGGAGUUCAUCGAGCGCGUCUUCAAAGUCGCUGAAGAGGAUAACGAACGCUUCUUGAAGAAGCUUCGCAACCGCAUCGAUAAGGUUGGGAUCCAGUUGCCGACAGUGGAGGUGCGGUUCGAGCACGUGACGAUUCAAGCGAAGUGCCACGUGGGCAACCGGGCGUUGCCCACGCUGGCCAACACGGCUCGGGACAUUGCUGAGUCAGCAUUGGGUGUACUCGGUGUGAGUCUUGGCAGGAGAACCACACUCACCAUUUUAAACGACCUAUCCGGAAUUAUAAAGCCCUCAAGGAUGACGUUGCUUCUGGGACCACCAUCAUCUGGGAAGACGACUCUUCUAUUGGCUCUGGCUGGGAAACUGGACCCCACAUUGAAAGCAAGCGGGGAUAUAACAUAUAAUGGGUACAAAUUGAACGAGUUUGUGCCUCAAAAGACAGCGGCUUAUAUUAGUCAAAACGAUGUGCAUAUCGGUGAGAUGACAGUGAGAGAAACCCUUGAUUUCUCUGCCAGGUGUCAAGGCGUGGGAGCUAAAUAUGAUUUGUUAACGGAGUUGGCGAGGAGGGAAAAGAACGCGGGGAUCUUCCCGGAAGCAGAAGUGGAUCUGUUCAUGAAGGCUACUGCGAUGGAAGGGGUAGAGAGUAGCUUGCAGACGGACUACACUCUGAGGAUUCUUGGAUUGGAUAUAUGUGCGGACACAAUCGUGGGUGACGAGAUGCAGAGGGGUAUCUCGGGUGGGCAGAAGAAGCGUGUCACAACAGGAGAGAUGAUUGUAGGACCAACAAAAACACUGUUUAUGGAUGAGAUAUCAACUGGACUGGAUAGUUCUACCACCUUUCAGAUUGUCAAGUGUUUACAGCAAAUUGUUCAUCUGGGAGAGGCUACAAUUCUUAUGUCCCUACUGCAGCCUGCUCCGGAGACAUUUGAGCUCUUUGAUGACAUUAUACUUCUCUCAGAAGGUCAGAUUGUUUAUCAAGGACCGAGAGAGCAUGUGCUUGAGUUCUUUCAGUCUUGUGGCUUCCAAUGUCCUGACCGCAAAGGCACUGCUGACUUCUUGCAAGAGGUUACGUCCAAGAAGGAUCAGGAGCAGUACUGGGCAGACAGGACGAAGCCUUACGUCUACAUUCCUGUCUCUGAAUUUGCAGCACGUUUCAAGAGGUUCCAUGUUGGACUGCGACUGGAGAAUGAGCUCUCUGUGCCUUACGACAAGACUCGGAGUCACAAAGCAGCUCUUAUUUUCUCCAAAAAUUUAGUGCCCACCUCAGCCCUCCUCAAGACCUCCUUUGCCAAGGAAUGGCUGCUCAUCAAAAGGAACUCCUUUGUCUACAUUUUCAAGACCGUUCAGAUCAUCAUUGUGGCAAUCAUUGAGUCAACAGUGUUCCUCAGAACAAGGAUGCAUACAAGGAACGAGGAUGAUGGUUUUAACUAUAUAGGAGCACUUCUCUUUGGCUUGAUAGUUAACAUGUUCAAUGGGUUUGCAGAGAUGUCCAUCUGCAUCGCCAGGCUUCCAGUGUUCUACAAGCACAGAGACCUUCUCUUCUACCCUGCUUGGAUCUACACUCUCCCUAACGCUCUCCUCAGGAUUCCCAUUUCCAUCAUGGAGUCUAUCGUCUGGGUUGUCAUGACUUACUAUGUUAUUGGAUAUGCCCCUGAAGCAAGCAGGUUCUUCAAACAGAUGCUUCUUGUCUUCUUGAUCCAGCAAAUGGCAUCAGGGCUGUUCAGGGUUACUGCAGGAGUAUGCAGAUCCAUGAUCAUUGCUAACACCGGAGGGGCUCUCUCUGUUCUACUUAUGUUCGUUCUCGGUGGUUUCAUUUUACCAAAAGCUUCGAUUCCAAAAUGGUGGAUCUGGGGUUACUGGGUUUCACCUCUAACAUAUGCAUACAAUGCUUUAGCUGUCAAUGAAUUGUUGGCUCCAAGGUGGAUGAACCGAUUUGUGCCAGGGCCAGAUGGUACUUUGAAGAGAUUAGGAGUAGCAGUGCUAGAGAGCGCAAAUGUCUUUCCUGAGAAAAAGUGGUACUGGAUUGGGGCUGGUGCUCUUUUAGGAUUUAGCGUCCUGUUCAACGUGCUCUUUACACUUUCGCUUAUGUAUCUAAAUCCACUUGGGAAACCACAAGCUGUAAUAUCCGAAGAAACAGCCCGUGAAAUGGAAGCCAAAAGAAAGGAUUCAAAAGAAACUUCCAAGAGCAAUCAGAUGCAGAUGACGGUGCUACCCUCAAGUGGCCAUACCAAUGGUUCAUGGAAUGCUAUAGGUAGGGAUUCCUCUGUGAAUGCAACCAAUGGUAUUGCUCCGAGGAGAGGAAUGGUUCUUCCAUUUACACCUCUUGCCAUGUCCUUUGAUGAAGUAAAUUACUAUGUUGAUAUGCCUGCGGAAAUGAAAGAACAAGGAGUUGCCGAGGAUAGGCUCCAGCUACUAAGGGGAGUAACAGGUGCCUUCCGACCCGGUGUUUUGACUGCCCUUAUGGGUGUCAGUGGAGCAGGAAAGACAACUCUUAUGGAUGUAUUGGCUGGUAGAAAGACUGGUGGUUACAUUGAAGGAGAUGUUCGAAUCUCUGGUUACCCCAAAAACCAAGCUACUUUUGCCAGAAUCUCUGGUUAUUGUGAACAAAAUGAUAUCCACUCUCCACAAGUCACAGUUAGGGAAUCCUUAAUAUACUCUGCGUUCCUCCGUCUACCAAAAGAAGUCACUGAUGCAGAGAAGAUGAAAUUCGUAGACGAAGUAAUGGAACUAGUAGAGCUUGACAAUCUCAAGGACGCUAUUGUGGGACUUCCUGGAGUUACUGGGCUGUCCACUGAGCAAAGAAAGAGACUGACAAUAGCUGUAGAGCUUGUCGCGAACCCCUCCAUUAUCUUCAUGGAUGAACCUACAUCAGGUCUUGAUGCAAGGGCAGCAGCCAUUGUCAUGAGAACUGUGAGGAACACAGUUGACACUGGAAGAACGGUUGUUUGUACAAUUCAUCAACCCAGUAUUGACAUUUUUGAAGCCUUUGAUGAGCUGCUGCUGAUGAAGAGGGGAGGCCAAGUGAUAUACUCUGGACCUUUAGGUCGCCAUUCUCAGAAGAUAAUUGAAUAUUUCGAGGCAAUUCCAGGAGUUCCAAAAAUCAAAGAAAAGUACAACCCCGCAACAUGGAUGUUAGAAGCAAGCUCCAUUGCUGCUGAAGUCCGGUUAGGAAUUGAUUUUGCGGAGUAUUAUAAAAAUUCUUCAUUAUACCAACGCAACAAAGCACUAGUGAAUGAGCUGAGCAAGCCAGCACCAGGAACACAAGAUCUCUACUUCCCAACCAAAUACUCUCAAUCCACCAUAGAGCAGUUCAAAGCCUGCCUUUGGAAGCAAUGGUGGACAUACUGGAGAAGCCCUGAUUACAACCUUGUUAGAUUCUUCUUCACUUUGGUCACUGCUAUACUGCUUGGAACCAUAUUUUGGAAUGUCGGCCACAAGAGGGAUAGCUCUACUGAUCUCCGAAUAGUUAUUGGCUCAAUGUACGCGGCUGUACUAUUCAUCGGCAUCAACAACUGUUCCACUGUACAGCCCAUUGUCUCAAUUGAAAGAUCAGUUUUCUAUCGAGAAAGGGCAGCCGGAAUGUACUCUGCUUUGCCAUACGCCAUUGCUCAGGUUGUGGUAGAAAUCCCAUAUGUGUUCAUCCAGGCCAUGUACUACACUGUGAUAGUGUACUCCAUGAUGAGUUUCCAAUGGACAGCAGCCAAGUUUCUCUGGUUCUUCUUCAUAUCAUUCUGCUCCUUCUUAUACUUCACCUACUACGGAAUGAUGACUGUUUCUAUCUCACCAAACCAUCAAGUUGCCGCAAUCUUCGCAGCGACAUUCUAUUCCGUGUUCAACCUCUUCUCUGGUUUCUUCAUCCCAAGACCUAAAAUUCCAAAGUGGUGGAUAUGGUACUAUUGGAUAUGCCCAUUGGCUUGGACAGUGUAUGGGCUUAUAGUGACACAAUAUGGUGACAUGGAGGACUUUAUUAAGGUGCCAGGUGGCACAGGCCAGGAUAAACAGAGAAUAAAAGAUUAUGUGAAGCAUCAGUUUGGGUACCACACUGAUUUCAUGGGUGUUGUGGCUGCUGUGCUUGUUGGUUUUUGUGUCUUCUUUGCCUUUAUGUUUGCUGUGUGUAUUAAGAAACUCAAUUUCCAGCAGAGGUAGGAAGGAAGGAGUCAACCGGUCAUUUCCUUUACUGUUACUAUUUUUUUGUACCCAUUUGUUGUAUUUGUGUGUAUAAAUUUAGGGUUUUAUGAUUUUAGAGCGCCCAGAAUAUGUCAUUUAUUUAACAGAGAAUAUACACAUUUCUAGGUUAGUAGUGAUAGGUUGUAUUUGUUGCUGAGCAGCAAUACUGAGAAUGUAACUGUGAUUUAUAAGUGAAAGGAAAAAAGAAGCAUAUAUAUAUAUAUAUUAUAAAUAAGUAAAUUACUGUAGCAA